AUGUCCGCUCCCAAAGGCAGAGCGCCGAAGGAAUUUGUACCUGACUUUUCCAGCAACAUCGGAGCCGAUUUCGAAUUGUGGCUCGAGGACGUUGAUGAUUACCUGAAAAUUUGUGGAGUUACGACGGCAGCUGAUAAGAAGAGGCUGUUUCUGAACCUUGCAGGCCUCGCUGUCAGGCGUAUUGUUAAAGGAAUCGUAGUUCCUACUCCGCCAGCUCAGGCCGAUGGCAGUGCCGGAUGUGAGUACAAAGCUCUGACGGAUGCUGUGAUUGCUCAUUUUCGUCCUGCCACAAACACAACGUCGGAGCGCCACCGGUUCCGUCAGCUUCGCCAGAAUGAGGGUGAGUCCGUCACAUCGUUUGUGGGACGCCUGCGCGAAGCAGCUGAUCGCUGUGAAUUUGCGUCUACUGCCGUGGACACCAUUGAUCAGGGACAAAUCCGUGAACAGUUGAUCGAGGGCCUGCGAUCCCAGGAGCUACGUAAAGAACUUCUCAAAGAGUCAAAGUUGACACUAGCCAAUGCUGUGAGCAAAGCUGUGACACUCGAGUCCUCUAUCACGGACAGCAAGCUUUAUGGUGACGCUGCAGCUACUCCAUUGUCGAAUUCAUUCUCUCACAUUCACCGUGUUUCACACUCCCAGCCUGCCUCUGCGCACAAGAAGUUUGGGAAGUGCAAGUACUGUGGCCGCUCGCAUCCAAGAGGCAAGCAGCAUUGCCCUGCAGCGGAUGCUACUUGUGGCAACUGCUCGAAAGUCGGCCACUUUACAACAGUAUGCCUGUCGCGCAAGUCUGAUAAUGCGCGCAUGACAUCCGAACAGGUGGAGGAGGAUGACGCCAACUAUUUCUGUGAUUACGCAUUCUCAGUGAAUACUUCUCAGCACCAGCAAUUGUUUCGUAAGACGCUGAUCGUCAACGGCCGUCCCGGUGAAGGACUACUGGAUACCAGUGCUACCCGAUCAGUGCUAACCGAUGAUGUUGUCCAGCCAACGCGAAAGAGUGAUCGAAUCUCGAAAGCGGACAAUGGCGGCGUCAUCUCGACACUCGGUAUGGCUGAUGUGACGGUCUCUGUUGGAUCACGCAGCAUCGUAUGUAGUUGUUUUGUUGUCCCAGUCGCGUCUGGCCGCCAAAUCCUGUAUGGCCAGGACGUCAUCUCCGAACUGGAGUUGCUGACCUCUGCCGAAAUCAAUGUGGUGAACGUGACGCCCAUCUCUAUCACAGUGGACCCUGACACCACUCCAACCGCACUCCCACCCCGUCGGCACGCUUUCAGCAUCCGGGAUGAAAUUGCCAAGGAGUUGGAUCGUCUGGUGAAGCAUAACAUAAUCGAGCCAGUGCGAGAAGCUACUCCGUGGGUCUCAUCGUUGGUGCCGGUCAGGAAAUCAAGCGGUGCUUUGCGUCUCUGCGUGGACUACCGCGUCCUAAACAAGAGCGUAGUCCGGGAGCGUCACCUUCUUCCCACCGUUGACGAAAUCAAUGCGCAGCUGGACGGUGCAACAGUGUUCUCCGUUCUGGAUGCUGAAUCUGGCUUUCACCAGCUCCCUUUGGCCGAUGAAUCUCGUCCGUUCACAACUUUCGCCACUCACAAGGGCCUCUUUAGAUUCAAGAGACUCCGGUUUGGCAUUGCUUGA